GCAGCCACGGUACUUCAGUACAGUUAACGUCGCUCCAAACAGUACACAGUAAACGUUCUCGUCAGUUCUUUUAAAGCCACACGUUAUUCAACUCCGCUUCUUGAUAGCAUUCGUAAGUGCAUUUGUGUUGUGCAGGUUCUUUAAUUCAAACGUGUAAUUUUUUUUACCAAACGUUUAUUGUUGUAAAUAAACAUACACACUGUCAUUAUUCCCAGUAUUAAAAUGGUUAUUUAUUUGAUAACUCAAUUUUAUAAUUAGUUUGAAUGAAUUGUCUAAUGGAUAAAGUAACAAUGACUGUCACAACGUUGUCUAAUUUAAGUGGUAAUAGUAACAGUAGUAAAAAUGAAGACAGAAAUAGUGUGUCAGUGGCCGUUGCCCCUUCUCAGCUUCCCUUGGAGGCCGGAGCAACGGUAUACGUAGCAGAUAAUCCAGCUCUAAAAGUCACAUCUCCUUCAAGAUCCUCGUCUUCAGUAGUCGGAUCAUCGACAACUGCUACAGAUUCAAAUGUGCCGCCUAAAUCAAGUGAAUGUGAUCGCAAUUAUCAAUCAACGUCUCAUGUUGUUACGAUAAAAAUAAAUCCAGUGUUAGAUAGCAGCAGUAAAGUAAUAUCGAGUGUACACUUGACACCGGAUAUCGAUUCAACGGUAAAUAAAGUCGAGUGUUUUAUCAAUUGCAAUAAUAACUACAAUGAUAACAAUAAUUAUAGUAUAAAUAAUGACAGCAAUACUGAUACAUGUGUACGGAUUUGUGUCAACGAUACUGAAGAAAUGCUGCAGCGGAUCCCUGAACAGAGCACUUGCUUUUAUUACGGAGCUUAUCAGAGUAGGAACAAUGUGAUGAUGUCAAGUGGGCAAUGUUCACCCAGUGAUACUCUGGACAGUGGUACUUGCAGUGAUUUGGACGGGACACCGCCCCCGUUGCCAAAAAAAAAAAGUUCAAGUACUACUUUAUUGGGACAGUCUUUGUCUUUGUCUGCCGCCGCGGCUGCUGAUGAUGAUGACGGUAUUAAUUAUGAAGGGAGAUGUGUAAUUGGUGGCAAUGGACAGCACACUCGCACUGGUAGCUUAACAAGUAGCGGUGCCGAAAUAGAUAGCGAUGAUAAUGAGAGUAAUGUCAGUUGUGAUUCUCUUAAUCGCCGAGUAGAAAUUAAAGCGCAAGAAGAAGAAGAAGAAGAAGAAGAAGAAGAAGAAGAAGCGGAAGUUGGACGAGUAGAAGAAGAAGAAGUUGAGGAAAUAGUUGGAGAUACAGAGAUUAAAUCAAAGUUUCAAGAGCUCAAUUUAGUUAAUGAUAAUGAGAAUAAUAAUAGAGAUAAUGGUGGUUUUGAAGCAAAAAAUAUUUCGUCAGGAUUUACUUCCUUGUCUAAGACAUCUUCAGCGACACGUAUUAACCAUAACCCGUUGGUUAACGGACAACCUCUUACUUCAAGUUCUGUCACUGGCAAAACUACUACUCCAGCGGCUGUUACUGCGAUGACGCCGGUGGUUAAAGAGUGCACGUAUGAAGAACGCAAACGAGAACAAGAACAAGAACAAGUUGGGAUAAGUGAUUAUGGAAAUAAUAUAAAUAGUAAUAAUUUAAAUAACAGUACUAAUGCUAACGCAAAUGGUAAUGGUAACGCAAAUGGUAAUGGUAGCAAUGCUCAGGAAAUAAAAUACGUUUAUGACGACGACAGGUACUACAAAUUUCAUAUAAACGAACUCGAGCCAGAUGCAAAUGAUGACAAUAAGAAAGACGGAUUUGACUGUGAAACGGAGGAAUUUUUCGCGGGGUAUAAAAUACUUGACAAAGAAGCCAUACGUAGUGCCAAGGGAACUGUCAGAGGAGUUAAAAAUCGUGUACGCGCUGGUAUUGCGACUUUUCUGCAGAACCCUUCUUCUAAGAAUUUCCGACAAAAAGAUGCCGGUAAAGUAGUAGUAUACACAACGUCAAUGGGAGUUGUACCAAAAACCCGAUUUGCAUGUUUAAAAAUGCGUCACAUUCUAAAUACUCAUAUGGUACAAUAUGAAGAACGUGACUUGUAUAGAAGUUCAGGAUUGCAAACAGAAUUGAAGGAUCGUCUAGCGAGUGAUUACGUACAAGUUCCACAGCUCUUCAUCGACGGUCAGCAUAUCGGGGAUGCAGAUGCUAUUGAACAAUUGAAUGAAUCAGGAAAUUUACGAUCGAUGCUCAAACCAUACAAAUUUCACGGCGUUCGUAAAAUAUGCGCAGUAUGUGGAGACGAUGGUUUUGUACCCUGUAUUUCUUGUCAUGGCAGUAAAAAAUCAUGGAGAUGGCACGGAUUUCUCAAUGAAAUUUGUGCUCUCAGAUGCACUAAUUGCGACGAAAUGGGAUUGAUGCCCUGUCCCAUGUGUUUAAGAUGAAUAAAAAUAAAAUAAAAAUGCGAUGCAAUUUUUUUUUCUUUCAUUGUUAUCUUUCCCUCAUUGCUCAACCCACUAUUAAGCAAAUAUAAAUUUAUUAACCUCGAAAAAAAAAUUAAAUCUUAAAUCUAUAAUUAUGUUUUUAAAAUUACUCUGUAAUUUUUAUUGUUUAUUGUUUAUUGUUUUUAACGUUAUUACUAAAAUUGUCAGCGAUGCACAUCAAUGUAAAAUAUUUAAUAAAUAAAUAAAAUUAAUAAGUUGU